AUGUGCUGUGAUGGCCACACAUUCAAGUUGUCUACGAGAUUCUUCUCAGCCUUUGUUUGCUUGAUGGUGGCUUGCAUCAAAUCCAGGGAUUGGAUUAGAGUUGAAAAAGAUUGUCGCAAAGCUAUUCAGCUUGAUCACAAUUCUGUCAAGGCGCAUUACAUGCCAGGAAGGGAAGAUUAUCCUGAAGGAGUUAAAGCCUUGCAAUUGUAA